CCACGGAUUGGGCGAGCCGUGCGCUCGGUCUCCGCCUGGUCGGCCCUCCUCCCGCGAAGCGGCUGUCAUUCUCCACUGCGCGGCCAGCUCGUCGCAGGUUCAGCCUUUCGAGGACGCCCGGUCGGUGCUGCGGCGCCGCCACCUCUUCCCGCAGCCACCAUGUACCUGUGCAAGACGGCGUGGCAGAGCUUGGCCUCUCGCCUGGCGCGCUCUGCUGCUCUGUGCUGCGGGCACGUACCUUUCCGCCAGAUGUCAUCUCAAAGUGUUCCUGGAUCUUCUGGAGAAAACCUGAUUUACUAUCUGGUGUUUUUUGGUGCAUCAGGUGCAGGUAUCACUUAUGCCUACAAAACAUUCACUUCUGACCGAACUAGAUACAAUGAACGUAUCAAUUAUAUGCAGGAAAAAAAUACAGCAGAAUGGAAACCAAAACCUUGGCCUCCUCAGGCCUUAGAAAGUGAAGAAACAGAUGCAAAAGAAGUUACUGAAGCAAGUGAUGAUGAAAAGGAUGCCGAGAGAGAAGUGGCUGGAACAGUAGCUACUGAUGAAUCUCAAGUGCAGAAUAACACACAUACUGAAUCGAAUGAAGUGCAGAAUGAGGAAGAAUCGCCUGUUGAGGAGGCAUCUUCUGGUGUGCAAGAAGAGCAGGAUACUGCUUUCAGCUCAGGAACAGUGAAAAGUCAAGAUAAUGUUACAAGCAGUAUUGGUUAAUAUGUUGCUGUAUCACUGGCAGCAUGACCUUUCUCACAGUGUUACUGAGAGUAUUCCAAAAUGAAUAAACUUGCAUUUUAAAAAAUACGAA